AUGUUCAAUUCCGUCGGCGUGUCGGAGGAGCAGGUCUUCGGUGACCUGUACCUUGCCUGGCUAAAGGACACCGGGGAGAAAAACAACAAUGACUCCCGCAAGCUCUUCCGCGAGGUCAUGGAACACGGCUUCUCCGAGCGGCAGAUCAACCUGCGCAAGGAGCGGCUCGGCGCCAACGUGGCAGCGAGCCUUGCGGCGCUGCUGCACCGCUCCCCACUGACGCGCCUCGACCUGCACGGCAACACACUGCGCGACAGCGGCUGCGAGAUGAUUGGCCACCUGGUCCGCGAUCUGCCUGGCCUUCUCUACCUCGACCUCGGCGCCAACGACAUCGGCUCCCUCGGUAUUCAGACACUCAGCUUCGUCGUGGCCACCCACAAGAAGCUGCAGACGCUUAUCCUCGGCUCCUCAAAGCACGACGCGUAUGCCAACCGCAUCAACGCCACGAGCGCCACGAUCCUGCUGGAGGGCUGCCUGCGCAGCCGCACACUGCGCCACAUCGACCUCAGCGGCAGCACCAUCGGUGAGGGAAACUCCUGCAACGGUAACAGCAAGGCCCGCGGGGCGGCGGUGGAGUUCAACGUCAUGCCUCCGUCGAGAACGCCAAGUCGUCCGACGUCUGCUGCUGCGCGCAAGACGCAGAUGCUGCCGUCACUGCCAACGAGCGGCAAGACAGGUGUAAGUGACGACCCGAGUACCAACAGCAUCGGUUUCGGCAUCAGCCCCAACCGCCGUCCGAUUGACGUCCUUGCAGAGUUGAUCAGCACGUCGUCAACGCUGACGACGCUGAAGCUGCGUGAGGUGCAGUUGACGACAGAUGCUGCCUUGAGCAUCAUUCACGCCGCCAUGCAGAGUAGCAGUUUCGCCUUCAUUGAUCUCUCCGGCAACGCCCUCAGUGGAACAGUCGGCGACGCCCUUGGUGACCUCGUGCGGGGACGUGUGCUGCUGCAGAACACCUCCGCGCUGCACACGAUAUUGCUGAACGACAACAUGCUGAUGCGGCCCAACAGUGGCGCACCACCUCCACGUCUUUUCUCUUCAUUGUCAAGCGACCGCAUCGUUGUGCGCCUCCACCUCGACUCCUGUGGUAUUGAUGACGCCGCAAUGGAGCCGCUGUGUAACUCGCUCAAUACCAACGGCGCGCUGCAGUCGCUGCACUUGAAGAACAACGCCAUCACCUCCACAGGAGCAGUCAUGCUGGCGAGCUCUCUGUUCCGCCACGCAUGCCUGCAAGAUGUCUCACUAGAGGGCAAUGCUGUGCGAGACGAGGGCGCUUGCGCCUUCGCCAGCAUGCUAGAAACAAACACAACGUUGCUCUCGCUCAACCUCACACACACAUGGAUGGGUGAGCGCGGCGUGGUGGCAAUUGGAGUCUCGCUCGCGGGGAACAAGACGCUGCAGCGACUGUACCUUGGUGAGAACCACUUCACCGAGGACGCCGGCGCGGCCUUCGCGGCGCUGCUCGAGAGCAACCGCCAUUUGCUGCGCUGCGGCCUGCAGGGCAACAGCAUCGGCCACCAUACUGUUCUCAACGUGGAGAAGACCACAGCCCGAAACCGCGAGACCUACCGCAACACCGAGAAGGACGAGCUGGAGAAGGAUCUCAUUCGACUGCACUACCAAAUGUACAAACUCGACGAGGCACGUGCGGAGCUGGAGAAUCUGCAGCAGAAGAAGCUCGAUUUGGGCCGGGCGCAGGAGUCGUUCGAGCUGCAGUUCAAGCAGGAGACAUCGGACAUGGCCAAGAAGGAGCGGGAGCUGCAGGAGAUGCUGGAGAACUGCGUCACGCAGGAGACACACUGCCUCGACGAGAAGAAGCGCCUCGACACGGAACUCGAAGAGGCACUCAAGCAGACGGAGAUCGACAUGGAACUCGCCAAGGAGCGCCUAGAGGCGGAGACUGCGGUGCGGGAGAAGGUGGAGGAGGAGCACCGGCAGCUCAAGGCACAGGUGGAGUACAUGCAAAACAACGGCCCGCAGCGCGAAGUGGAAAAGCGGAAGCAGCUGCAGGAGAUCAACGAGGACUGCCAGCGCUGGGCGGGGCAGCGGAAGGAGUACCGCAGUGCCAUCGCAGAGGCGCAAGCGGCGGUGAACCAGCUGCUUGAGAAAGGCAGUGGGGGCGGGCAUCGGAAGAAGGCGAAGAAGGCCAAGUGA